GUUAUUCUUGGAAAGGAAUACACACAAGCAUCCGAUAUUUAUAGUAUUGGAAUGAUUAUGUGGGAAAUUUCUUCUGGUUACCCGCCAUUUUAUAAUUGUAAACAUAAUUAUAAUAUGGCAAUGAAAAUUGUUAAUGGUUCAAGACCGACAAUAUUGGAAGGAACCCCAUCGGAAUAUAAAGAAUUGAUGAUACAAUGUUGGAAUGAAAAAUCAUCUGAAAGGCCAAAAAUAAAUACUCUUUUGGAUAAGAUUGAAAAAAUGUGGAAAAAUUGUUAUAAUAAUAUUGAAUUAAAUACUUUAAAAGUUAAUUUGGAGCUUAAUUAUUAUUCACCUCAAAAUUCUCGAUUAUAUUAUUCAAAUUCUAAUUCAACUAGUAAAAUUUAUUAUUCUAACGAUUUACCAUGCAAAGAUAUAAUGGAUGAACAAGAAGCAAAUCAUAGUAAACCUUAUGAUUUCAAGAUUGAAUCGCUCUCGCAAAAUUCAGGAUGUUUAAUAUAAUGAUUUAUAAGCUUCACGUGCAGAUACGUAUAUUAUUAUACAGUAUAAGAUUAUUUAAACGCUUAAGACAGAGUUAUAAUUUUAUAUUUGUAAGUUGACUACCGUUAAAUACCUAUUGUAUAGGAGGUUUGGCAAAUUAGAAAUGUUGCAAACACCUAUUAACGCGAGCUACCUGAGUCACUAUGCCCCGCAUUACCGUAAUAAGUAUAUAGUUUUUAUUAUAAAAUGUUUUAACUGUUUAUUUAUAUUUAAUAAUAUCAUUUACAAUCUUUUACAAUUCUUUUACAUUAUAUACAUAUAAAUAUACUGUAUAUAUAUAUUAUUGUUUCAUUUUAACCUGAAAAACUUCAUAAUCAUCGAUUUCAAAUGUUC